GAUUUAAGAUUUCGUUUCGAUUUGUAAGUUCUGUAUAACUUUGUGUUGCUUUGGAAUACUUCGAGUCAAAGUUUGAAUCGUUGCCGGAAAUAUGGAAUCGAAUUCCCGCAGAACGCAGUCAAAUUCCUCGAUGUUGGUUUUACUAAUUGCUGUCCUUAUAUCUCCAGCUUGUUCAAUUUGGUGGUCGAUCGCCACCCGCCCGAUGAUGGACGCGAUGGUUCUUGGCACGCAACCAAUAUGUGGUCAGUUGGAGGGAUUGUCCAGGAACCAGCGGGCUUUGUGCCAAAGAUACGCGAACCACAUGGCACACGUUAGUGAAGGAGCUGGGAUUGGGAUUAAUGAAUGUAAAUGGCAAUUCAGGGGCCAAAGAUGGAAUUGCUCAACAGUGGAUGACAGUAGUGUGUUCGGGAAAGUUCUUAAAAUAGGGAGUAAAGAGACCGCUUUCACUUACGCAAUAUCCGCUGCUGGGGUUGUUGUUGCUGUGGCAAGAGCUUGUAAGAACGAACAACUCGAGAAUUGUGGAUGUGGCAACAAGGCAAGACCUGAGGGCCUGGAUGCAAGCUGGCGUUGGGGUGGAUGUGGAGACAACACAGAAUACGCUUACGGGUUCGCCAGAGAAUUUAUCGACGCUCGAGAAAGAGAUAAUAUUUCCCCUAAACGUCGUAAGGAUCGGGAACGUAAAGUAAUGAACAUGCACAACAACGAAGCUGGCCGAAUGGUCGUUGUGAGAUCGGCUCGUCCAACUUGUAAGUGCCAUGGGGUGUCAGGGUCGUGCAGUUUGAAGACGUGCUGGAUGCAGGUUCCUGGGUUCCGUGAAAUCGGCGACGAAUUGAUGAGAAAAUAUAUCGGGGGGGUCGAGGUUCGAGUCACAAACCGGGGACAACUCCGCCCUCGAAGGUCGAAUGACGAAGUGGGGAGCACCAGCCUUGUCUACCUGGAUUCGUCGCCCGAUUAUUGUGACAAGAAUCGACGCACCGGUGUCGCUGGGACGAAGGGGAGGGAGUGUAAGAAGGAUUCCUCUGGACCUGAGGGGUGUGGGUUAUUGUGCUGCGGGAGAGGGUUUCGCACAUACCGUGUGAGAGUGGUUGAGAAAUGCGAAUGCAAGUUUCAGUGGUGUUGCUCUGUGAAGUGCAACCUGUGUCAGCGCACCGUCAAGCGACAUAUCUGCAGGUGAUGAGCCAUUCGCGCGAUGGGGCUAAUGAGCAAGAUAAAUGAUCGCGACGUUGGUCGCCAUGGUAACGACGGCGCUGGGCGCUGUGUGCAACUACCUCCAUUGUAAAGAACUAUGACGUAACAAUCUUGUUUGUGAUCACAAACACUUUAUUUAUUUUUUUCACGAUUUCUUUUUCACAAAAUUCCACAUUUUGUUUGGUGUUUAUAUUGUUUCCAUGACUGCUGUUAAACCACAUGACAUCUGGGACACUGCCGACCCCGAAACAUAGAUAUCAUACAAUAUAUAUGAAUUCUAUAGCCGUAUGUUGCACAAAAUGCACUGAACGCACAAAAUGCACAUUCAAGCACGUUACAUUUUCACAUGUUUUGAAAAACCAACGACGUUUUUCUACAAAAUGUUAGUUUUGUGACAAUUUUGGUUGUUUUGUUUAUAAUCGAUGUUUUAUUUCGAAAUAAGAGCUAUUAUGACGCCAAA